AUGAAGUGCGGUCAAGAAUGCCGUCUUAGUAAUGAACAUUAUUUUCGGUGCGACAAAUCAAAGAAAGUAAAUAAUAGAACAGUUAGAUGCAAUUUCAAGAAAUCACUUUUUAAGAACACCUGGUUUGAUAACAGUAAGCUCGAUUUUGAGACUAACUUAAAAUUCGUAAACUUGUAUGUAAGAGAGGCCUUUUCCUACGAAUCUGCACGGAGCGACUUUCAGUUUCCAAACAAGACUAUUUGUGAUUGGGCAAGCUUCUGUCGGGAGGUUUUAAUUUCUUGGUGUUUGGAUAAUGAGUCAGACCAGAUAGGAGGGCCAGGGGAAAUUGUUGAAAUUGAUGAAAGUAAAUUUGGUAAAAGAAAAUAUAACGUUGGUCGACUCAUAGAAGGUCAGUGGGUUUUUGGAGGAGUAUGCCGCAAAAGUAGGAAAUUCUUCUUCGUACCUGUGCAGACGCGUGACACUCUUACUUUGCUUAAAGUCUUUAAAGAGCGUAUCCACCCAGGGACAACGGUCAUUAGUGAUUGUUGGAAGGCAUACAACUGUCUUGAAACAGAGGGCUAUCAACAUUUAACUGUGAAUCAUUCAUACAAUUUUGUUGACCCUGACACUAAGGCGUACACCAAUACGAUCGCUUCGGAAGGAGGAAAUACCACUUUAUUGGGUAUUUGGCUAGGCCCAUCUUUAUGAUGGCCCACACAGAAGAAAAUAAAAGAUUCCAUCAGUUCCUCCUCGCCGCUGCUCGUCUG